UCUUCUUCUUCUUCUUCUUCUUCUUCUGAAUUUGCUUCCACUCUCUCCCAUGGUGGUUCUGGUUCCUUCAUUCUCCCCAUGCCUUCUCUCCCUGGCUUCCCAUUCUCCUCUCCCAUGUGGAGCGAGCUUUGCCUGAGGCGAACCACCCCUUCACUCGAUGUCCACGACAACAUUAACAAUACCACCACCGCCGCCGAUGAACACCCGAUCUCCAACGCCGUUGAGUGCUACGCCUGCACCCAAGUCGGUGUUCCGGCCUUCCACUCCACUAGCUGUGACUAUGCCCACCAGCAGCCCGAAUGGGAGGCCUCCGCCGGCUCUUCCCUCGUCCCCAUUCAACCCGCAAAGACCUCUCCUCGCCGCGCCGACCCACAACUUCGUUCCGGUCGCUUCGGCAGUGUUCUCGACCCUAGAACCAAGCGGGUCCAACGAUGGAACCGGGCUCUGUUAUUAGCCCGUGGAAUGGCCCUCGCCGUCGAUCCUCUCUACUUCUACGCGCUCUCCAUCGGACGUGGUGGGUCGCCGUGCCUGUACAUGGACGGUGGAUUAACCGCCGUUGUUACUGUUCUCCGCACGUUCCUCGAUGUCGUGCACCUGUGGCAUGUUUGGCUCCAGUUCCGCCUCGCCUAUGUGUCCAAGGAGAGCAUGGUCAUUGGCUGCGGCAAACUCGUCUGGGACGCUCGUGAUAUCGCCUCCCACUAUGUUCGUUCCUUCAAAGGCUUCUGGUUCGAUGCCUUCGUGAUCCUCCCAGUUCCUCAGAUUGUUUAUUGGUUGGUCUUGCCAAAACUAAUCAGAGAAGAGAGAAUCAAGCUUAUAAUGACUGUAAUCUUGUUAAUGUUCUUGUUCCAAUUCCUCCCAAAAGUUUACCACUCCAUUAUUUUAAUGACAAGAAUGCAAAAGGUCACUGGAUACAUCUUUGGCACCAUUUGGUGGGGUUUUGGACUCAAUCUCAUUGCCUAUUUCAUCGCCUCUCAUGUUGCUGGGGGUUGCUGGUAUGUUCUUGCAAUACAGCGAGUUGCUUCUUGCAUCCAGCAACAUUGUGAGAGAAACAAGUGCAACCUAUCUCUGUCUUGUUCAGAGGAGGUGUGCUAUCAGUUUCUCUCAUCUGCUACAACCAUAGGAAAUUCGUGUGGUCGUAAUUCGACUUCUGCAUUUAGGAAGCCCAUAUGCUUGGAUGUUAAUGGUCCAUUCGCCUAUGGCAUCUACAAGUGGGCUCUUCCAGUCAUUUCUAGCAAUUCCAUUGCUGUCAAAAUUCUUUAUCCCAUCUUUUGGGGCUUAAUGACUCUCAGCACAUUUGGCAAUGAUCUCGAGCCCACGAGUAAUUGGCUAGAAGUAUGUUUUAGUAUUUGCACAGUACUCAGUGGAUUGCUGCUUUUUACUCUUUUGAUUGGUAACAUCCAGGUUCUUUUGCAUGCUGUCAUGGCAAGGAGGCGAAAAAUGCAGCUGAGAUGUCGAGAUUUAGAGUGGUGGAUGAGGAGACGACAAUUGCCAUCUCGUUUGAGACAUCGAGUUCGACACUAUGAACACCAGAGAUGGGCAGCCAUGGGUGGAGAAGAUGAGAUGGAACUGAUCAAUGAUUUGCCUGAAGGUCUUAGAAGAGACAUUAAACGCCAUCUUUGUGUUGAUCUUAUCAGAAAGGUGCCGCUGUUCCAAAACCUGGAUGAGCUGAUUCUCGACAACAUCUGCGACCGAGUCAAGCCCCUUGUAUUUUCCAAAGAUGAAAAGAUUAUCAGAGAAGGAGAUCCUGUUCCAAGAAUGCUAUUCAUAGUGUGUGGACGUGUAAAACGUAACCAAAGCCUGAGCAAGGGCAUGACAGCAUCAAGUUUGAUCGAAUCGGGAGGAUUUCUCGGCGACGAGCUGCUAUCAUGGUGUCUCCGGCGCCCAUUUCUCGAGAGGCUUCCAGCUUCAUCAGCUACAUUUGUAUGCAUUGAACCAACAGAAGUAUUUUCCCUGAAAGCAGACCAUCUGAAGUACAUAACCGAUCACUUCCGCUACAAAUUUGCCAACGAACGACUGAAGAGAACUGCAAGAUAUUACUCCUCCAAUUGGAGAACAUGGGCUGCUGUGAACAUACAAUUUGCUUGGCGUCGCUACAGAAAGAGGAUGAGACGUCCAGUGAUAACUGUGGUGGAAAAUAGAAGCAAUGAACGUAGGCUUCUGCAGUAUGCUGCAAUGUUCAUGUCAUUCAGGCCACAUGACCAUCUUGAAUAGUAAACUACGAGCUUGCCUACACUUGCUGAAUUCUUUCAUAAGUCAUUCAUUGAUAUCAUUUUCAUAUUAUUCGAUAUCUAUCAUCUCCAAGGAAAGACAUGGACUUGGAAGUUGGAAAAUGGGAUGUAUUUUGAGUGUAAAGAGUGAGAUACGUUCAUCUUUCUCCCUUUCAUGUCUCUUCCCUCUCUCUUCCUUCGACAAGACAGAUCAUGUUUCUCAACGAAGAUGUGGAGUUGAAGAUGGAUGUAUUGUUAAGAAUGUUUUUAGUAAA